AUGGCUGCUGGACAUAUCACGAUGAAAUAUGGAUAUCAGGGUCCAAACCAUGCGGUUUCCACUGCUUGCACGACAGGCGCGCAUGCUAUUGGUGAUGCUGCGCGUUUUAUUCAGUUUGGUGAUGCGGAUGUAAUGAUCGCUGGCGGCACUGAAGCUUCUAUCCAUCCUCUCUCCAUCGCUGGCUUUGCCAGAGCCAAGUCCCUUUCUGACCGUAAUGAAGAUCCUUCCCAAGCGUCACGACCGUUCGACAGACACCGUAAUGGAUUCGUUAUGGGAGAGGGAGCUGGUAUUGUAGUGUUGGAAGAGUAUGAGCAUGCAAAAAAAAGAGGAGCUACCAUUUAUGCCGAGGUGAAGGGUUAUGGAGUCUCAGGAGAUGCUCAUCACAUGACCUCACCACCAGAGAAUGGAGCUGGCGCCGUGUUAUCUAUGCAGCGGGCGUUGAGGAAGGCAGGCUUAACCCCAGGCGAUAUUGAUUAUGUCAAUGCGCACGCUACAAGUACACCGGCUGGCGACCGAGCAGAGAACAGGGCCAUCAAAACUGUAUUUGACGGAUAUUGGGAUAAGAUUUGUGUUUCGUCAACAAAGGGGGCAACAGGUCAUUUGUUGGGUGCGGCAGGAGCUGUGGAGGCCAUCUUUACCAUUCUUGCUGUUAACAAGAAUAUCAUUCCUCCAACGAUCAAUUUGGAAAACCCAGGAUUUAAUGAAGCAGGAUCAGAAGAAUUUAAUUUAAAUUAUGUCCCUCUCGUAGCUCAAGAGCGAAAAGUCAAAGCGGCAAUUACCAAUAGCUUUGGAUUUGGCGGCACCAAUGCCACUUUAUGUUUUGCUAAGGUUUAG